CCCGUGCAACCAGGAGGUGGGGCCUCGCGAUGGUCCUGCCUGGGGCACCGCACAUCUGGGUCAGAGGAGCCGCGCGAAGGGUAGCGGGUAGCGCAGCCGCCACGCUCCGCUCCGAGCUCUGCCGCCGCUCGGUGGGUGCGUCGCGAUGAUGGCAAAGAAGAAUCAGACUUUGCAGAAUGGAAGUGCCAAGGAGAACGUGCUGCAGAGGGUCCUGCAGCUGCCGGUGGUGAGUUCGACCUGCGAAAGCCUGCAGCGGACGUACGCCAGCACCAAGGAGGCCCAUCCGUUCAUGGCGUCUGUGUGGGGGGUCUACGAGAGAGGCGUGCAGGGGGCUGGUGCCCUGGCCAUGUGGAGCAUGGAGCCGGUGGUGCGCAGGCUGGAGCCACAGCUCACUGUGGCCAACAAUCUGGCCUGUCGGGGCUUGGACCACCUGGAGGAGAAGAUCCCAGCCCUCCAGUACCCAGUCGAUAAGCUUGCGUCUGAACUCAAGGACACCAUCUCCUCCCCCCUCCAAAGUGCCAGAAACUCUGUUUCCAGCACCGUGGACAAGGUCAUGGAGAUGGCGGUGGAGGGUUAUGAGAAGACCAGGAGCACAGUUGAAACCACAGCAAGGUAUACAAGGAGCAACUCGGUGAGCCAGAUGGCAGCCGCAGGGGUUGACACAGCCCUGGGAGGGCUUGAGAAGCUGAUGGAGUAUCUCCUCCCAGAAGAGGACGAAGAAGCAGAUCAGAAGCCCACAGAGGUCCGCGGAUCAGUGGCAAAGGCCUCCCAGCGGCAGCCCAGUGUUUCCAAGGCUCCCAGUGCUCCCAGCAAUCCCAGCACCCUGGGCCGGAUUGGAGCCUUGGUUGGUACCGUCUCCCACCGUGCUUACCAGCAAACAGCCCAAAGCCUCCAGCGUGCCAAGGCCAAAGGGCAGGAGCUGGCCAGCUGGAUCCCUGGCCUGGGCAGCAUGGUGAAGCCGAGCGCACCGCCGGCGCAGCGCACCCGGGGCGAGGGCCAGUGUGCUCCGGCCGGCCGGCUGAGUAGGAGGCAGAGCAAGGUGCCAGAGCAGAAGCAGGAGAAAGCAGAGGGGAAGAAAGAGGAGAAUGACACGAAUGAGGCGGGGGAAGGCCCUGGGCUGGUGGGCAGCAUGGCUCAAAACCUGCAAACCGCCUACGUUUCCGGCAUCUCCAGCGUGAAGAAGGUCCCUGCUGUGGCCUGGGAUGCGGCAGAGGGCUUGAUCCUGUUCACCCCCCGCAGGCUUUCCAAGGCCAUGGAGACAGUGGAUGCUCUCGGGGGAACCCUUGUCAGUGCCCCCAAGCAUCUCCUGGGCACCCUGUACAGCUACGUGCCGCUCCGCAGGCAGUCAGUGAAGGAAGAGGAGACCACUCGCGGGAGCAAACCCAGCACUGAGGCAGACCAGAAGGAAGAAGAUCCCAAGCCUGCAGCUCCCUCCUCCGAGGAGAAAUCCCAGCUGAAAGGAGACUGGCGAAUGUACCGAGGCCACCACCCCCUCUCCUUCCUGGGCCUCGAAGACCCACUCUUCUUACGCCACAACCUGUAUCGGAGCCCUAACUUUGAGCCCGAGUGCCCUCUCCCUCGUAAAUCAGCCUUCGCCCCCUACAACAGGCGGGUGAGCGAGGGCUCGUAUCGCUUUAACCCCGAGGCGAUGUAUACCCGGGCCUAUUACGCCAACCUCUACGGCGGCACCUUCAAAAAGGACUGAGCUGGCGUGGGAAGACCAGAGCCCCCUCACCACGCGUCUCGCCCGCACCAGCUUGCUCCUCUUCAUGCUUUGCCAGCAGCACGAUGCUGCGUUCAGCGUCCGCCCUCGCCAGCUACCCGCGUGGCACAGCCCUCUGUCUCCCCAGCCCAGCACGGACACAGGGAAGAGAGGAUGGUGGAACCAGGCUUGAGGCUGGAGGGAAAUGGGCUGCAGGGGCCCAGCGGUAGGUGUUCCUGGGGACCUGCCCCACAGCGAGUGACUCUGUUGUGGUGAGCUCCAGUUAGCAGGGCGGGGAGGCCUGGGGCGCUGCAGGAUGGCAUCUGAGCAGGGACAACUGCGUGUGGGUGCCUCUCCAUCCCCGCCUGUCAAAAGUUGGAAAUAAAUGGUCAUGUCCUCUCUUCCAGGCAAAGGAAAUGCACCAAACUAGCUAGUUCUGCUAAUAACUUACAGUAGCCAAAUCAGAAAUGUAAAGGCUAGUCUGUCCUGCUUCUGCUAGAAGAGCCAUUAGGGCUCUCCAGCAUAUGUUAUAAGCCUUCUCUAGCCUUGGUUCAAGCGAAUACAUAUUGAGUCUUUAAAAAGGCAGCCUUCCACCCAGUUUCCCAUGGGGCUUACAGGAGAUUAUAGCAAAACCUAAGGGGCACUUUGCCCUGAAACCCUCUCUUCACACGUACCCAACACAGAGGAGGAGACUCUGUUUUCUGUUCCCUCAGGACUGUGACGGGGCUAAGUAAUGGUUGUGCAAUGGGAAUUUGUUUCCUUGUGGAGUGCAGUGGGGCCAGAGGAGGGGCCUAAAGGCAGCAAGAAGCUCUGUUGUGAAAGGAAGAAAGUAUGUGGAGAGGAUACCAGAGAUGGGUAGGAGUUGUAGACUGACUGGGGAGACCAGAAAAAAGGAAAGCGGACCAGCCAGGGCUGGCACCAGGCCACCUUGGCCUUGGUGAGCAGAUAACGUAGCCUGUAUGAGCUACACACAGAGAACAGCAUUGUGAGACAGACCAGUGAGGACAGCAAAGCCACCAAAUGCCAGCAUAGACAGCCUGGUUCCUCAUCCCUCUUCCUUCCAUCACCCUUUGCAGAGUAUGUCUCUGGCCCCACUUUGCUCUUCCCAAGCUUAUCUGGGAGCUGUGCUUGAAAGUCCCCAGCGACUGGCAGGAUUCACAAAUAGGAAUGCCCCAGGGAUCAGGCUCCUCAUCCCCCAACGAGGGACUGACGGUGGGGCCUUUGGGGUCAGGAACAAGACCUGCGACAACAGGUGGAGCUCUUGGAGCCCCUCUUUCUGGUAAAAGUGCCUGAUUUCCUGCAACAUGUUGUUCUAUUUGCUGCAGUAAUAAACAUUCCCUAUUUGCCA